CGGGAAUCUGCUCGCGGAGAUCACGAACAACGUGAUCACGGGGGAGGACCGCUAUUCGUACACGGCUACCGACCGCCUGUUCGACGACGGGCAAACGAUUGUCGCGUUUCUGAGCCGGAUCGGAGUGCGCAGUCGCUCGACGCAGACGGUGCUGCCCCAGAACUUCACCCAGCUGGCGCAACGGGACGUCGAGUACCGCACGUCCUUCGGACUGCGCGUGGACAUUGGGGACAGCCCGGACUGGCAGAACCAUUUGGUCCUCCUGGAUACGGGCGGCGGCGCCAUGAGCUACUUCCUGGCGACGCAAAAGCAGCUGCAAGAUUCUGGGUUCCGGAACCGCAACACGGGCCGCGGCCGGACGCACAACAGCACGACGAAGAAGGACAUUCACAUUGUAUGACAAUGCACAACCCCCCCUCGUCCCCCUCAUUUGUAUUUCUAUUUUUGCAUGAGCAGCAUAAAUACAGACACCCUCACGACCUGUGGAGCCAAUGCUUGCAUGAUAAAUUUUUGUUGUUAGUAGUGUAGUACUCUUUAGGCCGCUUCCGGAGUUUGUCCUGCGAACAGUGCCGAAGGGAAGCACUUUGACUUUGGUUUGGGGUUUUGCAUGACAAAUGAGGUCGUGGUGGAGGGGGAGUUGUGGACUUUCAUACAUUGUGACCAAGUUUCAGAAGGACCGGGACUACGUCGAGUGCCGCUACGUCGGGGGCUGCCACAAGGGGCGAUUGGUGGGGGACCGUUGGAAGAUUGCCGGAAGCAACGCGCAAUUGCAGUUGAAAGACAACAAUUUCGUCCCAUCGGACCAAAAAACCCUGCCGCUCGUCUACGUGCAGGAGCCCGGCAGGCGGGACAAUCCGGACGGCGGCAACUUUGGGCUCGGUUUCCGCACGGAAACGUGGAAAAGCAACAUGUUCACGAGCGAGAUCAGCACCAUUCUGGACCAGUUUCGCCUCCACAGCGUCUACAGAGGGGCAGCUGCGGGUCUUGCAAACGACCCCUUUCGCCCGAUGGUGUACAGCUUCCAGCUGGCCCGGCCGACGGGGGAGAAGACCACCGAGUGGCAUGUGUACCCGCAGCUGGUUAUCAACAGCCUGCCUCCGGACAGCGGCGACCGGCUCCGCGCGUUCGACCUGGCUCAGCAAAAUUUCGCCGUCCGGGCGGGCGACGUGCUACUGCAAAAGCUGGAGUCCGAGUGGGGCCAGGAGGGUGCGUAUCCGAGGGAGAUCUUCAAUAAGAUCAAAUCCGCACGUAUUGACAAGGAUGAGCACACCUUGAAUUACCUGCGGUCGAAGGUGCUGCGGAAAAUCUACAACGGCGACUUUGGAACGCCGCAAAAACGGGAGCAGACCACCACCAGCCCGUUCUACAAACAGAUUGUCAAGCCAGCGACGGAUUUUCGCCCGACCUUCUGGCAGCUCCACAUCACGCGGGUGCGGAUCGGAAAGACAGUCGUGGAGGCGGAAAAGGACAUGUUCAAGUACAAGUUCAACGACGCGCGGGCCCGCAUGCCCGAGCCGGACCCGAACAAACGGCUCGACGCAACCUUCAAGCCGACCACCGACUGGGAGUACGGGUGGGACGCGUUCGACCAAAAUUUGGCCGACCGGAGCGCGAGCGUGUUUGACCAGACCGAUUUGAAGCGGAAAGUCCACCCCAUCAACGGCCCGCUGCACACCACGAAGAUACGCAUGGUAGCGGUGGAUGGGACGUUGGCGGACAACUUUGACAAGGACCAAGACGAACAUGUCCACCCGGACAAGCGGUACCUCGCCGUGGUGGACUCCGGGUGGUCCAUGCUGUCCCUCGCGAAGCCGCUGUACCGGAUCUUUCACCGGAAGCUGGAGCUGGUCAACUUUGUGUGCGAAGACGGGCCGGAGCUGGGCUUCGAGUUCGAGACCGGCACGGAGCGGCACUGGUACUUUUUGACGCCGAAGGACUACUGCUUCUGCCAAGGGGUGUAUCUCGGCAACAAAAAAGUGAACAGUUGCGUGGACGACGGCGGCAUGGAUGGCCGCGACGGCACGGCGGUGAUGCUGGGCAUGCCCUUCCACCGGGCUUUCUACGUAGGCUACGACUACAACAACCGCAAGCUCUGGCUGCCGAAAAUGUAAACAAAUGUGUCUAAGUUGUAAUACUACGUAGAAGAUGAACAACAACUUGCUUUUCUGCGUCUACUGCCACGAUUUUUUUGUGCUGUGGUACCGCAAGAACAUAGAUUGUGUUACCAUGUAGGAUUAUUUCAAAUUUUGAAGAAGCGCAUCACCUUGUCGUGGCCUUGCUAUCAGCACAUGCGCGACACUGCAGUUGAGCAAGCUAUCAACAGAAAUCCUUACGCUAAAACGGAAACGAAAAGUGAUCGGCCAGUGCUGGUCAAGCAAGAAACAAAAAAGUACUUAUCACUAGGCCAAGCACACUUUUACGACAAAAAUCAUGACUAUGACCACCGACGCUGCUGCUUUCUUUCAAUUUGGCCACUUUUUUCGCUUUUGAUUGGUCCAAAAACUUUGCUUUACGUGUAUGAUGUAAGUACUAUGAGUUGAAACAAACUACGCACGCACGCGUGCUGUCGCUACACACAAUUAUCCUUUUUCUGUACAAACAGUGAGAAAACUGUUUAUCUCUCACUUUGAAUAUCGUCACUCUCAGAAAAACGCAGCAAAGCAAAAGCUUGUUAAGUAGCAAGCUAAGUUGUACGUAUGCUUCCCAAAUCUGUUUGACAGCGACACUGUGAAUUGAACGAACUCAGAGCAUUUUGAAAGAGGAGUAGACCGAACACUUUGAAAAUUAACUGGAAGUCCUAUAUGUAUUCUUUGGGCCUUCGCCUUUGGCUGCACAGAAGUACUAGAUGUUGUGGACAAUAGUCAUUAUAUACAGAAUUGGUCAUAGCGCAAAUAAUUCCAGUCGGCACAAGGACGCUAUACCAUAGGAUAGCGCCGUCCUAUGUAUAGGUAUUUCGCAUCUGCACAGGCCAGCUCUAAGUAAUCGGAUCCGAUACAAUCAGCAUCGCAUGAUGGCACCACUGGCGGCACGUGCAGCCUUGAUGCUAAACAUAGGGGACGCAGGAGCAAAGCACUCUCCUGCUAUAUUUUGGUUGGAACAGUUGAAGCUACAAAUAGUCAACUUUUUUUAUUCUCGCACGUAUACUACAGAAGAAAGGUAAAGGAUAAGGAAGGACCACAGGUGUCGAGUGAUGCUCGAGCCACAGUGGAGCUAGUCCUUACGCAUUUCAUUUUGCAUAGCGAUAGUUUACCACGAGAAAAAAAAAUAAAGGAAGACGAAGUCGAAGUUGUCUCUACUCAUAGUUAUAGAUUUAUCAUAUGUGAUCAUGGUCCUGUUUUGUUUUCUUAAAAGUGCUUUUGAGUUAGUUCAUGUAGCUAGUUACGUUUUCGCGUUCGCCUUUAUUUGAUGUGUAUGACUGCUUGAGCGAUCGAAGAGUACUAGUCCCUCCCUCGUAGUUCCUCUUUUACAAUUGUUCCGUUUCCGAGAACAUACGUCUCUUUCCCCUCUACAACACCAGCUGCGUCAUGGUAGUGCUCUCAUCAAAUGCCUUUAUUUUUCCGUCAGGCUUUAUUCCUGAGGUCAAUUGCUACAAGGAAAUAAAGGAGUCAACAACAUAGAACGCUACACGACGAAGAAGUAAUAGAUACUGUGGCACAUCACCCAGUAUUUUUCGUAGGGGAUCAACACACCAAAGGAACCCAUCAUGUCGUGGUCGUCGAGUUAUUUACAGACUUAACACACAUGAAUUUCGCCCCCUUCUGGAGCUGGACGUCGGAAAGCAAAACCUCAUUUAGAAACUUGUGUGCCC